CAUUACCAGAUGUGAAGAAUAUUUGUAAUCCUGAAGAUGGGAUAUUUACAUUGGAAGUUGACAGUUUUUACCCUGAAAACAUUACAAUUUCAUGGAAACUGACUCUGGACUCAACAAAAGAAGAGAAUAUUACACAUAACUCCUCUGUUAAAUCUGAUAUGUAUGACAAUGGCAGCUUCAGAGCUAUAAGCACCUGUGACUUGAGGAAAAAUGAUUUAAUUGAGGGUAAAUCAUAUGGUGUAAUAGCCACAGUGGAACAUGAGACGCUGGACUCUCCUAUUCAUAAAUCAUUUAAUAUGGAAAGAGCAAUGACUUUACCUUCUCCAGUUGACCAAAAACAGAACCAAGAAUGUACCACCCCAACCAUGCAAGACAAUGUGAAUCUUUCAAUCCAACUAACAGUCAGCAACCCUGAUAGCCAGGAGAAUUUUUGGUGGAGCAUACAGACACCUCAGAUUUUGGAGGAAGAUUGUUUAACCCUAAAUACUCCAAUUACGGAGGAAGAAAUCUGUACAGCAGUAGAUAAUCUCAAUAAAGCGGCAGGGCCGGAUGACCCCAUGUCUACAUACGUUUCUGCAGCAAAUAUCUCUUUAAUAUUGAAGAAAGGGAGAACAUCAGAAGACCUGGCCUCGUAUAGACCGAUCUCUGUAUUGAAUACGGAUUAUAAGCUUUUAUCAUCUAUCAUUGCCUAG